AAAGGGGUCUGAGCAGGACGCCUCAGUCUGAAAAGUGCUGUGUCACGUCAGCGGAAGGAGGCAUCCCAGAUCUUCUCAGCUGUCUUGGUGCCAGCCUUCCCAGUCUUCUUAACCACACUCAGCCAUCAUGCCUCGGGGUCAGAAGAGUAAGCUCCGUGCCCGUGAGAAAUGCCAAGAGACCCAUGGUCAGCCGCAGGGUCUCACAGGUCCCCAGGCCACUGCAGAGAAGCAAGAAGAGUCCCACUCUUCCUCAUCCUCUUCUCAGGCUUGUCUGGGGACUCGUCGUAGGUCUUCUGAUGUCUCUGUUCCUCAGGAGUCUCAGGGAGUGUCACCCACUGGGUCUCCUGAUGCAGUCGUUUCAUGCUCAAAAUCUGAUGUGGCUGCCAAGGGCCAAGAUGAGAAAAGUGCAAGCACCUCCCUUGAAGCCUCUAUUCCCCAGAAGUCUCAGGGAGCUUCACCCACUGGCUCUCCUGAUGCAGGUGUUUCAUACUCAAAAUCUGAUGUGGCUGUCAAGGGUCAAGAUGAGAAAAGUCCAAGUACCUCCCCUGAUGCCUCCAUUUCUCAGGAGUUUCAGGGAGCUUCACCCACUGGCUUUCCUGAUGCAGAUGUUUCAGGCUCAAAAUAUGAUGUGGCUGCCAAGGGUCAAGAUGAAGAAAGUGUAAGAGCCUCACAGAAAGCCAUCAAUUUUAAGCGCAUAAGCCAAGAUCCUCUAAAGAGCAAGGCGUGCGCAUUGGUGCAAUGGCUGCAGGAGAAGUUUGAGAAGAAAGAGUCCAUUUUGAAGGCAGACAUGCUGAAGCAUAUUGGCAAGCAUUACAAGCACUACUUCCCUGAGAUCCUCAACAGAACCUCCGAACGUUUGGCGGUGGCCUUUGGCGUUGAAUUGAAAGAAAUGGAUUCCCGCGGUGAGUCCUACACCUUUGUUAGCAAGCUGGGACUCUCCAGUGAAGGAAUUCUGAGUGGUGCUUACGGGCUGCAGAAGUCAGGUCUCCUGAUGUCGGUCCUGGCUGUGAUCUUCAUGAAAGGCAACAGUGCCACCGAAGAGGAGGUCUGGGAGUCCCUGAGUGAUUUGGGGAUCUAUGCUGGGAUGACACACGCAAUCUAUGGGGAUCCCCAGAAGCUCAUUACUGAAGAUUUGGUGCAAGAUAAGUAUCUGGUUUACCGGCAGGUGCCCAACAGUGAUCCUCCACGCUAUGAGUUCCUUUGGGGUCCACGAGCCCAUGCUGAAACCACCAAGAUGAGAGUCCUGCGUGUUUUGGCCAAGAACAAUAAGAGCAGCCCUGGUUUAUACCCACAUCUGUAUGAAGAUGCUUUGAUGGAUGAGGUAGAGAGAGCAUUGAGACUGAGAGAUUAAGGCAGAACUGGCACUAUUCCCUUGGCCAGGGCACCUUAUGGGGCCACAUCCUACAGAUCCUCCCAUUUCUAGGGAGGUCUGAAGUAGAAGUUUUGCUUUAUGUUAGAAGAGAGUAGUGAGCCUUCUAAGUACUGCAGUAUAGUAGAGACUGGAGGGAACAAGAUAUGUCUCUUUCUUUCAUCUUGUUAUACAUGAGUAACUUGUAGAUUUAUGUUUUAUUUCUUUGUCAAUUUUCAAGAUGGUUCCUGUUAAGUGAAAGUUUAUUUUGCUUCAGAUUAUACAAUUAUCAAAAACAUAGCUCUCACAUUCAUGGCUGUUUAACCAAUUUGAAAGUUACGGUUUGGGUAUUAAUAAAACAAAAUCACACAACAUAUUUUCGUUGUAAUUCAGAACUAGAUAACACGGUAAUAGAAAAUGGAUUUUGAUAUGAAUCUUAAAGAACACAGUAAAAUAGUUGACAUCAUAAUAUGACGAGAAAGAAAAGGAAAAACAGAAGUGUAAAAGUUGUUUAGUUCUCAGUUUGCCUAAUUCCUUUUCCUAUUUCUUUUAGUAUAAAUAAAGGAUACCUGGAUUUAUUUAGGUUAUUAA